AUGUUCUAUUCGGAGACGCUUCUCCAGAAGAGCGGGCCGUUGGCCCGCGUUUGGCUGUCGGCCAACAUUGAGCGCAAGCUUUCAAAGACGCACAUUUUGCAGUCCAACCUGCCGGACAGUGUAGAGGCUAUCAUUACGCCUGGCCAGGCCCCGAUGGCUCUUCGUUUAAGUGGCCAGUUGCUGCUGGGUGUUGUCAGAAUCUACAAUCGCAAAGCCCGUUAUCUGCUCGAGGAUUGCAAUGAGGCUUCAAUGAAGAUCAAGAUGGCCUUCCGCUCGAGUGACAAUCACGACAUGGCAGCCGCCAAUCUCUACGUCAACAACCGCGAAGCGCUGCUGCUGCCUGACAAGAUUACUCCACUAGACAACCUGGAUCUCCCGCCGCCUCCUGAUGCCGCUUGGCUUUUGUCGCAAAUGGACGAUGUCACAGCUACUCCAGUCGGUCGCAAGGGGCGUGUCAGCAACCGCGACAUUAACCUUCAAGAGGAUUUCAACAACAGCCAAUUCCUCAACCAGGCGGACACCCUCGAUGACGAACUGGAGCUUGCACCUAUGGAAGAUCUCGAUCUUGAACUCGACUUUGGCAUGGACAUUGAUGAGCGACCCACCCGCAUGGAUACGACCAUCGAAAUGGGAAGAGACGCGCCUCUGGCUCGCUCAGUCGAGGACGACAUGUUCAGCGAGCUCGACAUCAUGCCGCGAGGCAAGGACCAGACCGAACGUGAGCCUUCACUGGGUCUGAACCUUGACUUUGGUGACGACACCGUCCGUAUCGCUGACGAGGAGGGUGACAUUCAAAUGGGCGAUGACGACUUCCAAUUCCCUCUCGGCGAUCAAUCUGUUGUUCCCGGUCUUGCUGGCGGUCCUCUGGAUAUGCCUCGUGGUCGUAUCUCCGAAUCACCACUGUCGGAAAUCGACCCGGAGUUCGCGAGAGAAGUUGAGGAGGAAUACUCCCGUAUCCAGCACACAGAUCUCUAUGAGCCAGAUGAGGAGGAGGAGCAUACAGUCAUUCGUCAUCCUCAACGAGCCAAGAAGAGGAAGGUUCUGUUGCCUGACGAGCAGACGAUGCUUUCAAGCACUCACAUCAAAGACCAACAAGCCAACCACGCCAACAUCCUCAGAGCUCAAUCGUUCUUGCCUAGAGAUCCUUUCGUUCUGGCUCUUAUGGAGAUGCAAAAGAGUGGCGGCUUCGUCUCCAACAUCAUGCUUGACGGUCGCAGUGCCGGUUGGGCACCUGAGCUGAGAGGAAUGCUUUCUCUCGAGGCUGUCAGCCGAUCAAACGAGUUGAAGAGGAAGCGGGACAGCGGAAUCGCUGAUGUGGAGAGUGACAACGGCGCCACAUCCAAGUCGCCUCGCCUGAACGUCGAAGAGGAUGACGCGUUUGCUGUCGAAGAUGCCGGUUUGGGCAACCAAAGCAUAGCGGCCGAUGGCACUAUUAUUGAGAUCCCGGCUGAUGAGGAGGGCAUUGCUUUUGGAGGAGACGACGACAAUACCGGCCGCCCUGUUUCGCGCGAAGGCAGCGCCAUGCCCGACUUUGACGAGACAACAGCUCCUGCCGUCCACCCUCAGGACAGUGGUCCGGUUUCUAUGGGUACCAAGCACGCUGUCCACGUGCUAAGAGACAUCUUUGGCCCCGACGCCGAGCACGACGCCGACAAGCGCAAGAAGACUGCCGUGGUCUUCCAAGACCUCCUUCCCGAGGGGAGAACGACGAAGGCUGACGCCACCAAGAUGUUUUUCGAAUGUCUCGUCUUGGCCACGAAGGACGCGAUCAAGGUUGAGCAGGGCGAGACACUCGGCGCACCUAUCAAAGUCCGAGCCAAGCGUGGCCUCUGGGGAGCCUGGGCUGAACGCGAAGCAGGCGGCGAGAUCGCCGAGGAGGAGGAGCUCAAUCAGCCCGAGCCAGCAGCAGUCAGCGCCCCGGCUGUUGCGGUGGAGGCAUAG